ACGUUGGUAUUAGCAAAAUUUUUAGAAGAGGACAACUGAAGCACCGACCGACACCAGUUUUGGAUCUCAAAUUGUGUCUGCGCCGGCGUUGUUUCGAACACUUUGAACAAGGAUCUAAAUAGGUCCAAGCUUGUCAUGCAGCUGGGAAAAAGAAGAGGUUUAAUAUACACUUAUUAGAAACAUCAAAGUUUCUUUUGUGUUUUGUGGAACAAGGAGAUGAUGCGGUACAAAGAGGAGAAAGAGGUGAAGAAGGAAGCUUUCAGGAAGUAUUUGGAGUCCAGUGGAGUUCUUGAUUCUCUCACCAAAGUUCUGGUUUCUCUGUAUGAGCAGAAUGACAAGCCUUCCUCUGCUCUAGAAUUCAUUCAACAAAAGCUAGGUGGUCCAUCUGUGUCUGACUAUGAGAAGCUUCAAGCUGAGAAGUCUGAUCUUCAGAUAAAAUACAAUGAGCUUUUGGCUAAACAUCAGGAAACCCUGAGAGAGAGCUUGCAUUCGCGAAACUCUUCCAAAGAUGAUGCAGACAGAGAGACCCUUGAAGACGAACACUCGACCCUUGUCCCUCCUCACCACUAAAUGUGCCCUUACUGUAUAUGUAAUUCCCAUUAUUUCUAUCUCCAUUAACAUCAUUUCGGUUUCCUAUACGCAUUUACGGCAGCAAAAGAAAAAAAGAACGAAACAAAACCACGCAUAGAUGAGUUUUCCAGGCAACAAUGAUAAUUUCUUUGUUUGAAUCUCCAUUUGCUCUCUUUCAUUCAUCUACAUACACCAGUGUUUUGGAGUUUUAACGUAAUAAAUUCUUCGGUUAACA